GACAGGGCCCUGCUAUUUAUUGUCCCGUAUUCAUAUUCAAAUGAGACCCACUGUGGCUGAAACCAUUGUUAGGGCCUAUACCAAAGCACCGAAGCUGGGCCUAACAAUAGCAUGUUACAAUUCGGCAUCCCAUUUUGGGGGCUUUCAGCGUGUCGGCUCGGCCUAAACCACUGCUCUGUUAUUGUACAGUCAUUAUUUUCGGGGAAUAUUAUUAACCAUUAUAGCCUCUGACAGAGAUACUUUGUAAAGUUCAUAGUGUUUCCAUUCUACCCGAGUCAGACGUUAGACCAACACGACGUCGGGGCUCCUGCCACCAGUGUAGUACGGUUCGCUCGCCCACAACAUGAGUUGACUUAAUUUUGAUGUUAAGUCAUGGAGAAGAACUGCAUUCUUCAAGUCAACUUCGAGUGGUAGUUUACUUACGUAAUCUAUGUUUUCUUUCCACUGGUUUGACAAAUCGGCAUAAAAGGCCAGUCUGUGAUUCAUCAUACACAAAAGUAGCCAUCCAAGCCAUCAUCAGUGCGCCAGUACAGUACAUGUUGAUUAUUGAGCUUUCAUUAUUCCACACCUACGAGAUUGCGUAACUGUACACACCUUUCGCCGUGCCUUGAGUUUGUUUUGCCGGGUUUGGUCACGAAAGGCGGCGGUCACCAAACAAGCAGAGAAACUACGAGUACAGAAUAUCAUCGAGUUUGUGUUACCACAAUGUAAAAAAAAAACAAUUGUGUUAACAACAACAGUUAACACUGAUGACUACGACAAAAAUGAUAUCCGGUUGUUAGUGCUGGUAUUCGUGGGUGAUAAGCAGUGGACACGUUCAAUAGCAAUGUGUUGUUUUAUGAAGCAAUUGGUGGCUUGCUGGAUGGAGAAUGUUCGUACAGUAGUUGCAGAACUCUGCUGAUGGCUGAAGAAACCUCUCAGUGUGUUCGCCUCAUUUCUAGCCAACUAAAUAAUUACAUUAUGAAAGCUGUUCUGACAUUUCUUAGUGGAUUGUGCAGUUUUUGAUGCAGUCGAGUUGACUAACCGGGCAGAAAGAAAUAACACCCGGCUCGUUGAUCAUUGGGGUACGACAGCCAUGUUGCUGUACGAUGACAGGUGGGCGUCCAUUGACGAAAAUACAGGAAGCUGAUUUGUUAAGACAGUGACGGACGAAUGAGAGAAAUUAAGAUCGACAAGGUGUUAGCUGGAGCAUGAGCCUGGCCGAAGUGGUGGAGAAAACGGCAUUGUUUCCGCCUGAGCAGCAGGCCAGACUAAGAUUGCCUCGGGUGCCCGGGACGGUGCUACUGCCGUCACUACCCGUCAUGGCGUGCGGUGAGAGACCGGUCGCUAGCGACGUCCUCACCUCGGUCAAGACGGCAGACCCCGUAGUAGCGAGUCGGAGUUUGACGUGGUACAGGAGGCUACACGCGAGUUACAACAAACACCGGCACUUGGAGCCACUUCGUGAGAAUGCCAGACUGGCUUCAACCAUCGAGCAGCAACGGACAUCCCCCGGCUCUAGUGCAACUGGCCGGCAACUGGCUCUAGCGAAAGGCGUAUCCAGCAACAACAGACCACGGAGUGGGAAAACUGUACCAAGAGCUCCUUCAAAAGAAGGAGCUGCUAACCCAAAAAAAGAGAACAGUGACACAGCGAGACGAAGACCAAAAGAAACCCUGUCCAGUACGGGAACUAAACACCAUAGGAGUCAACGCAUGAGUUACCCACCGUGUAGUACCAAACCGUCUCAGACAGACGAGUGGGCGUCCCUCCCCACGAGUGAGGAAACCAAUUCAUGCCCGGUGCUGUGCGACCUAGACAACCUGACAAUCACACCAAAGAAACCUUCCAGCAAGUCAAGUCGUACCCAGCCUUCUACCUCCGAACAGGCACCAACUAAGGACACAGCCCACCACCAGCACAAGUCCAAAUCGGACAGUACAAAGAGACACAAAGAACACCUGAGAGCACCGGACUCGACAAACACUAGAUCGCGCCACGUGAAGUCCAGGAGACCAUCUCGAGAGGAUUCAAAGAGUCAGAGACCGAAGCCGCCGUCUUGGCAGGACAUAGCCCACGAUCAGCCCACCGCCAACACUUCUCAAGAGCCCGGAGUUACCACACACAUGUACAGUGUCCCCGAAUCGGUGCACAGCGUCCCUGCACUCCGGUGUGAUAGCGCCACCACUCGAUCAUCCACAGUGGAGUCGGAUCGACGGGCUGUGAGAGCCAACAUACGGCGGACAAGAAGUCGCGUCAUCGACGCCAAAGAGAUACCUAAGGCAGAGACCGUCUCUCUAUCCAAGACCAAACCUUCUGAGUUCAAUCUCCGCAAGACAUAUCAAGACGACACUGUGUAUUUGUUCGAGAACACCCAGAGGUGCCGUAAGUGGCUGGCUGCCGUCCAGGAAGCUGACGUCACGACGCACUUUGACGAAUCAGGGACUAUCAGUGACUCGAUACAAACUCUCGAAGACAGGGAAGAAAUUGUGACGUGUGAUAUGGAAAUAUCACAUGACAGAUGGGACUUCCUAGGGUCUCCGUACCCAGAAUCGAGUGGCAGUAGCUCUUGAGAUUAGUAACAAAUCUUCAAGACUCUGUGCAGAAUUUAAAGUUUCGUUCCAAAGCCGAGGAAACUGCGUCCCAAACGGAUAGUUCUGUGACAAGUCUACUGCCACCAAGCGUCGGUUAAGUUUUAACUUUUAAAGGACAUUCCAAGAUACACAUAUGGAAUAGUGAAAAUUGUCUGGCCUGCCACAUUUGUGUUAAAAACCAAAAUGCUCGAAGUGUCCAUGAGAGAAGAAACGCAAUCUUUUAAUAUUAAAUAAUGGGGGACCUUUGGGAUGCUAGAUGGGAGCAGACAUACCAGGUAAAGUCUGCUGCCACUUAGCGUUCACUUUAAGUAUCCCAUUCAAAAACGCACAAAGACGUUUAUUUAAUCCCUUUUAAAAUUAUGAUUUUCUUGGGCAACAGGGAAGUUGUUUUCAGUCUCGUUGUCCAAUGGGACAGUCAAAAGUCAUGCAAAAUUAAUUAGUUUAUGGCAGAUCACAGAACGUCACUAUAUAUGAAGAACUCAAACCUGUCAAGUGACACCACUUUGAUGUGUUGAGACAAACUCGGUGACGUUUAAGAUUAAACUUGGUGUGCUUGUGAUGGCAGUGUAACAAACAACUCGACGUUUCGAUCAGUAUGCUGUAAAGGUCUUCAGACUGGGAAACAUUUUUUCUGAUCUUUUGAGACAGGUCUGACACAAUUAUAUUUAAUAGUAUUGAAGUAUACAAAUCCAACUCGUAGAAAGUCACAACGCAAAUUAAGUUAGUGAUAAAACGGUGGAUUGUUAUGACCAAAGUAAAGCCCAUUCCAGUAGAUACAUUAGGGGACGACAAGCCCGCCCCCCCCCC